CUAGUAAAUUAAUUUCCCAAAACUAAAUUUGAAAAGAGCACCCUGCUUUUCUUUCUCCGCGCGAAACACAAACAAACGAAGGGCAAUCGUUGCCGCCGAUAUUCGCCGGCGGGAAAGUGACGUCAUGGAAGCACCAAUAAAGGGAACAGUGACUUCACUAUCAUCACUGUUUCCGGUAGAAGAAGCACAAAAAGCAUCAAAGCGCGUGGAAGAAAGUAUAACGGAGCGGCAGAAACAGCUGGACCAGCUCCGAGAGUUCGCCGCCGAUAACAAUACUCUAAUUAACCUAGUUCAACGACUCCCCGACCAGCUCCAUCAUGAAAUUAUGGUUCCGUUUGGUAAAGCUGCGUUUUUUCCUGGCCAUUUGGUUCACACCAAUGAGUUUCUGGUUCUUCUGGGAGAGGGUCAUUAUGCUGAAAGGACAGCAAAGCAAACAGUUGAGAUACUGAACAGAAGAGGGAAGGCUUUGGAAGUUCAAGUGGAGGCUGUAAAGGCUUUAAUGCAAGACCUUAAGGCGGAGGCCUCAUUUUUUGAUGCGACAGCUUCUGAGGCAGCGGACGGUCUUGUGGAGAUAAGGGAAGAUUAUGUUGAGGAAACUUCAACAAAAGAGGCAUCUAUGAAAGGUACCGUGAAACCUGAGCUUACUAUUUCUUCUGAAGCUGAAAAUGUACCCAGUGUUAAAGAUGAGGAAUAUGAUCGCAUAUUAUCCCGACUUGCUGAACUCGAGAAGGAAGAAGAAGAAGCUGAAAAUGCCAAUCAAGAAGAGCUAGGUGAAGCUGGAUCAGAUAUCAGCCUGGAUGAUGUUAUCUUGGAAGAAGAAAUGAAAAGUUCAGAGCUCAAGGAACGAGGUGAAUCAAGAUUUCAGUCCACUGAAAAGUUUCCUGAUAACUGGCAUGUUCAAGGUUCAAAAUCUACAUCUAAAGAUUGCAUUGUACCAGAAAAUUGCUUACCGGAGAAUCUAGCUUAUGGAAAGUUCAAUUUGACUGAGAGUGCUCCGAGGGAACCUCAAGCGAAAGAGGAUGCUCCGAGGGAACCUCAAGCGAAAGAGGAUGUUAAGGCUCCUGUUAUAGCUGAAGCCAAAGCUGAUGCUCUUCCCACCAAACCAGGAUUUGACAGCAGCAAGGCAUUUACUGGUAGUAUCAUAGAACACACAAGUGAUGUUAAUUCAAGGGAGCAAUCUGUCAGUCACAGCUCAAAGCCAGUAUCAAGGUUCAAGAUGCAAAGGAAGUAACUGCGAUCAGUUGUCUUCAUGUAGAACACACAAGCUACUUCUCAGUUUCAAGAUGUAGAUGUAGAAUUGAAUAGGGAACUGUUUAUAUUCCAAAACAAUUUAUACUCUAUUGAGUUCAGAUCCAAGUGCUAAGUGUUUGUCAAUACAAUUUAUACUUAUCACAACUGUAUCUAUUGCUGUUAUACUCAAAAUGUGUGAAGAUACAGACAGAGGUGUAAAGGAUGACACUGCCUACAUGCUUUCCUGUACACAUUAAGAAGGAAAACAAGGCACCUGUACAAGACUAAAUGUUACAAAGUUAUAAGUCAGAUGCGAAGGGAAGAGAAGUUUCAACCA